CGAAGAUGGGUUCGAGUCUAUGUAGGUACAAUGUGAAAAUGACUUGAAAUGGCUGAUCCGCAUGUUGCUUUCGGUUCAGGCUUCUCUGCCCUUGGGGCAGGGAAGCUUAACCAGAUAGACAACGAGCUGAUGGAGGCCCCAGAAGAUGAAGACGACUUUGAUGUACUAAAUGAAGAGACAUUUGGGGAUAUUGGAGACACUGAGUUUGAUUGGGAAAAACAACAUGAAAGAUUUGCUGAAGAAUUGGAGGCCCACUCGUUUAAUGAUUCAAGGCAAAAUGGUAAUCGAACCAGGGAUUCAGGCUUUGACACAGCUGAAAAGAGCUACAGACUUCAAGAGGAGAUCAUGGAACAGAGCAUCAACCACCUGGUGCUGGAUGAAGAGGAGGAGCGCCACCUCACUGAUCCAGCUAUUGUCAAUGUGUCGGGAAGUGCUGCCAUACCAUUCUCAUCUCAUAAACAGACUAAUCUUGACAAGCUGUUUGGACCAUCGUCCCCUCCAGCUUUCCUGGACACAGAACACCUGGUGUCCCCCACCAGCAAGAACAUAUGGGGUUCUCCUGCCAGGGACUCCUUUACAAAACCAGUCAACAAACUACAGGCUCUGUUUGACUCUGCUAAGGGGGCUGGAAGUCCUACUCAGAAUUCUAAUAAGCCAUCAGUUAUCCAAGCCAAGCCCCAGGUGUCGGGUAUCCUGCUUGCUCCCCAGUCUCCCAUAGUUCCCCCCAAGUGCCCAAACACUGGCAGAGAUUAGAACCAGCUGCUGAAGAAGAAGACGCCCACGGUGAUGACAGCCGAGGAGUUGGAGCGCCAGAUGAGGGGAGAGUCCCCACCAAACCGCCCUCCUGUGAAGAGAACCAUUGCCACACCAGGCAGUGUCUCCACAUUUCCAGAUCACAAGUCCCCGUUCUCCAUGCCAGUACCCAUCCAACCCAUUGGUAGACCUCUCGGUCCCAUGAUGCCAAACUUAUCACAGCCACCGCCAGGGUUCAGCCCAGUGCAGGUGUCUCGUUCUCAUGACGGACGUAUGUCACCCCUCCACCAACGAUCAAUGACCCCACCCCUUGGAGGGCACUCACCCGGCCAAGGCUUUAUGGGCAUGUCAUCGUCCCCUCUUGCACGGUCCAUCUCUCCCACCCCUCCCCAACUCUGUGGUACCCCCAUACAUAGACCACCGUCCCCAGUGCAAGCCAGGUUCAUGUCGCCCUACAACAGCCCAGGCGCCAUCUACAUGGGAAAUGCAAACCGGUCGUUCUCCAGCCCGAUCAUCAUACAAAGAGGUCACCGCGUUCCCAUGCCCUUUGGUCCAAUGGGCAGUCCAGGCCAAAGGUUCCCCCAUCAUUCACCAAUGUCAGAUCCUCAUGGAAUGAGGGGACCUCGUCCAGGCAGGGGAGGACCAUAUCAUCCAAAUAACUAUUACCACAAAAAUCAGGGGCACCCCCAUGGCCAGAACAACAACAAUCCCCAUCGGUACUUCAACGACAGUCGCAACAGGCAGCAUCAUGAGGAUGACUUGGUGGACCACGACAUGGAUGAGGACAGCUACGAUGGGUUGAUGACACAGAAGGAGAAGGACUGGAUCAUCAAAAUACAACUGAUGCAGCUGCAGACGGACAACCCCUACCUCGACGACUACUACUACACUUAUUAUACACUGAAGAAGAAGGCUAAGGAGAGACAGAAGUUACGAGAGAGUGGGGAAUUCAGUGAUGAUGAUCCAAAACUUGUCAUACCAAACCUUGCGAAAGUGGAAACAAAGGCUUACACACCAGCUCAGUUUGAAGGUUCAUUAGGUCGGUUGACAACUGCCAGUGUUCACAAUCCUCGCACAAUCAUCGAUCUGUCCAAGAAUGUAGCUCAGACAAAGGAGGACAACCCUCAAAAUGUCAGCAAGGAGCUGCGACGAGUUCGCCAGUUACUCAUGGACAUUGAGAAGGGAUUUCUGCUUCUGCUUGAUAUUGACGACCUGGAGAAGAAGCUACUGGCACUUCCUGAAGAAAGCAGGAUGCCUCUGGUCUUUGAAAGAAGGGAGAAAGUGGACCAGUUGUUUGCCUUCCUUUCAGCUGAUGACAACAUUGAAACAUUUAUUCAAAUCAUGUCAGUUAGGAAGGGGAGAAAACUCUUAUCACGAGUCUUGCCUUUGCUGGAUCCUGCUCAGCAGUGUAUUAUCGUCUCCUUGAUGCUGUGUAACCUCACACAACUCAUGAGGAAAGAUCAAGCAGAAGAGGGCCAGUCAAUGCUAACAGAUUCUGUGCAUCAAGCUCUGAACAAGAGUUCAUUUGAAAUGCUGGCAACAGUGGGAGAACAGAUCCGGCAGAUGCAGAGCCAGGGAAAGGCAAUAACAGCCAUGUUGCAAAACAAGUUUGGCUCAACCAUACUGUGUGCAAUGCUGGCCAGAAUGGAAGAUAUUUACAAGAAUACCUCUCCUGUUGAUAUUGAUAAUCAGCUGCAAACAAACUGGUGUCAUUUUGUGGAACUGUUAGUUGAGUGUUUGUCUGAAGUCUCUGAUGAGAGCAUCGUUGCACCCUUGAACCCGAGUGAAAAGCUGGUGGAGCACCUGGAGAGACUCCUCAACAAGAAGCUAGUGGCCAGUGUGGAGGACAAACUUCUUGUGAUACUUGGCACCAAGUCCCAAUCCUGACCUGAGUCUCAACUCGUGGCAGGCCUUGCCAGUCACUCAAGUGUCAUCUCAAUUCACACAGACAAAGACUUUGAUGGAUAAAUGCAUUAGCGUAUCGUAAUGACUUGGUCGACAUCAUUGGAUUGAAGAGAAUGUUGUGGGCACAUCCAGUAUUGGACUAGUAAUUCAUUGACCCAGUUGAACAUUCAGCCAUGGAGUAAAUAUGCAUUUUAUGUAACAACCUUCUUGAAUCACGAAACUAGAUCAUUUGGGUAUAUUUGAAUCUCCUUUUACUGUUGCACAGAUGGGUACAUGUAUAAUGCUUGUGUCAAAUGUUAUUGUAUCCACUUGGCUUUUGGAUUGUGAAAGAUGACAUUGAUCUGGUGGUUCAACUUGGCAUCUUUAUUCAUGAUCUGUACUGUUAGAAAUGGAAUGAAAUUAUGCAUUUUACACUGACAAUAUUCACAGAAUGAACAUCAAAGAAAAUAUAUUUGUUAAGACUGUUUAAGCGUAAAGUGCUCCUUCCUACUGAAACUGGUUUGUUAAGUUUGGGUUAGAAUUUCUAUUUGUAUGUAAUUUUGUUAGAAAAACAAAUGUUAUAUUGGUUUGCUUCAUGUCAAUAUUGGGAAUGUGAUAGUCAAUUGGGAUGUGUAUUUGCUGUUACCAAGAUCAAGGCUUCUUUUUGUCACAAGUGAACUGUUUUGGGGCCCAGACUUUCCAGUCUGUUUGCUGGGUGUAAAACCAUCUGUCUUGGAAGUGUUAAAGUAACCAGUUGGUAACUAACAUUGAGCAGAUUGCCACUUUUUGUUGUCUAACAUAACAUCAGUGUUGUGUAUGAAGCAUUAAGAAUCACUGAAAUAUAUUGAAGUCUCACUGACCCUUGGUUCUCACAUGAACCACAUUUAGUGCUAAAGUAAGGGGAAUAUUGUGGUUGAUAUGUUAUCUUAUCCUAAUCAGUAACUUCAUCUACAGCUGUGACAUUCAGUUGGGUUUGUUCACAUCCAGUGUUGUUUUGGUAAGGUUCCAAUACUAUUUGAUGUUCAUUCUUUCUCAAAACAAUGCUUUUGCUUUCUGACAAAUUAAUGUGUUCUUACAUGGAAAUAUAUUUGAAAUUGACAUAAAACCUGGUUUGUAUUUGUGCAUAUACUAGACCUUGUUAGGUUUGUACAGUUAGAGGAAAGGCAUUUCCUUAGUUGUUUACUGUCUUCAUAUGUUUUGACAGUAUUUUAAUACCAGCACCCAAUUCUGUUUUGAUUCAGCACUGUCACAUUUAAUUGAAACUCGACUUGAAAAAUGGUUGAAAGUGACACUUUUACCACAAGUGCUGUCUUUGCUCUUGUAUGUAUCUGAAUAUUCAGUGUAUGAUUCUAUGCUUCUCUGUGAUAGAGCAUGACUGACACUACUUAAUCAGGAUAUGUAUUACAGUUGCAAUUACAAUAUUGAUGCGAAAGCGAGUAGUAUUGUUCCCACCUUGUUUCCCUUGUAUGCUGAUGUAGUGUUAUGUAUGUACUCUUAGAGCAGAGGUAGUGUCAUGAACAGAACAAUGAAUCAAUCACAGUGCUUAUUUUUCUUGCAAAUAUACUGCAACAUCUUAUUGGAUGUACUCCCUUUGAACCAGAACUUUUAGCUUUGUCAUCAGUACUCUUUUGAACAACUACUGUUGAGUGAUUAAGGCCUUGAAAGCUAUCACCGAAAUUGUCAGUUUUACAAUUUAAAUCAUCCAAGGCUCAUUGUAAGUGUUAAACGAUUGAAUAUUUAAGUUUGAUGAGGUUAUAAUAAAAGACAAGUAUAUGGAUGGCAACUUCUCUAUUGUUGCUAUCCAUAUACUCGUCUUAUAUAUUCACCAACUUCUAAAUGCCUCUUAAGAAUUUGAUAAGGUUCAUAUUCUGUUUACCAGCUCACAUGUAUCAGACUCAAAUAUUUAAAUCUUUGAACUCUUAAAAUGAGUCUUUGAUAAGUUGAUAGAGGACAAAUCUUUUUUGUCAUACAUUAGUAAUUAUUGACUUUGUACAACCGUGUUAUGUGUUCCUAUAUGAGACAAUUUACCACCGUUUCUGUUAUUUAACUUUAUUUGCACACUCUAGUUUUUCAUUUGUGAGCAUUUAAAUGCCUUAAAAAUUAUGUUAGAAAUAAAAAAAAAAGUGUUCUGAAAAAUGUUGCUAGUAUUUUGAAGGUCUCUCAUAGAGACCUUACUUGUGUGACGUGCACACAUCUAUUCAAGAUUUCACCUGUGAAAUGAAAUACUGUGAUGUCAGUAUAUUCAGAUGUCAACUGGUCCUGAAUGUACUCCAUUGAAACUUAAACCAUUGUAAAUGUGACAUUGAAAACUAUUGUAAUAUGAUUUCUUAAACACUUAACCAGCAAUUCAAUCAUACAUUUUCGAAAAGAAACCUUCAAUUCCACAUUUAUUUUGUACAUUUAUAGUGUACAUACGAAAUGAACAAAUUAGUUCAAUAGAUUUGCUUUGAUGCUCAAAUGAUGGCGUUUUCUGUGGGGCGACAUUGGUUAUGCCCAGGCGUCUGUCAAACAUCGAUGAACACAGUUUCUGCGAACUUGAUUGUGAUUAAGGAUAUUGUCAAAAAAGUAUGUGUCUUUGUAUCAUUUAAAUUUGUCUAUGACCUUUAAAUUAUACACCUAACCAUUUUGUAUUUAUUUUUAAGAAAGUGCAUUUUGUUCCUUGUUUAGGGUACAGCAAGAUGGUGUAUUAUUAACAAUUUGUGAUGUGAAACCUAUGCUUUUACACACUAAAACUUGGAACUGGUUUCAUUGUUUGUUGGCUUAUGUUUUGCCUUAACUCAUUAUUCACAAUUGUCAGGACAUUACAGCUGCAUAGAGCGAUGCUGAAUAAUGGGUUAAAACACAGAUUACAUUGGAUACAAAUGUACAGGGCUUGUAAUCAUUUCAUUAAAUUAUAUUGUGUGCA